AAUUCACCGUUAGAAAAUGUUUUGCAGCAGUGUUGUUAACAUCCGGCGGUUUCUAGGGUGAUCGGGACAGGCGGGAGGAUAAAGUAAUGCUGUCGUGAAAGGAAUAGGAACAAUAAACGGACUUUAUAAAGAUUGCAAGAGUAAACGAUCUGUUGUGUGUCAAUAAUUAAGGCAUAUUUGUAAAGCUGGUUUUCAGAGUUGUCCCCCAGCACACGAAUGAAAAGGCUGCUCUUCAGGAAAUUGUGUCCCGUUUCUUGGCUGGAGAAUUCAAACAAGCGAUUUCAGUGAAUAUCGAACUCAUAACGAGCAAGUGUGGUGCUACAGGUCUGCUUGGCAACACAGCAGCUGACGAUGCCUCCCAGGAGACACAAAGAUGCCAAGGUCAAUGUGUCCAGCUCUCUGGAGUCGGAGGACUUGAGCUUAGAAACCACGGUGCCCACCGAGGACGUGUCCUCCUCAGAGGAGAGGGAGGGGAGCACGAAAGUCACCAGGCAGCUGAUUGAGAGGAAGGAGCUGCUGCACAGCAUCCAACUGCUGAAAAUAGAGCUGUCGCAGAAAGCCCUCACCAUCGACAACCUGAAGGUGGAGUACCUCACCAAGAUUGAGGAGCUGGAGGAGAAACUCAAUGAUGCCCUUCAUCAGAAACAGUUGCUAGCCUUACGACUAGACAGUCAAAUCAAACUACAACAGGAGGAAACCAGGAAACAGCAGGCUUUUAGAAAGCAAGAAAUGGACACCAUUAUGUCACGACAGAAACAGCUGGAAGAGACCAACUUGCAGCUGCGUGAGAAAGCCGGAGAUAUUCGACGCAGCCUACGUGACCUGGAGCUCACCGAGGAGCAAUACUCCCAGCUGAAAGAACUCCCAGAGGACCAGCUCUCCAUCCCCGAAUAUGUGUCCGUAAGAUUUUAUGAAACAGUUCAUCCAUUGAGAACAGAGGUUAAUGAAUAUAAGACUAAAAACCGCAGCUUGUCUGAGGACUUGAAUAAUUACAGAAGUCAACUGCAAUCAGUGAUGGAAAGUUAUGAAGAAGAAAGAAGAAUGCGCUCAGAAUUAGAAAUCAGGAGUCAGCGUCUUGCUCUGGAGCUGGCAGACACAAAACAGCUCAUCCAGCAAGGUGACUACAAGCGAGAAAAUUAUGACAAAGUUAAACGUGAGAGAGACAGUCUUGAACAUGAAAUCUCUGACAUAAGAAAACGCUUUGAAAUACUUGAAGUAACACACAAAGCACAAACAAAAGAGAGGAAUGACUUGGGAAAAGAGGUGGCUGCACUGCAGCAGUCAGUCACACUACUUCAGAAAGAUAAAGAGUAUCUGAACCGUCAGAACUUAGAGCUCAGCGUCCGCUGCGCUCAUGAGGAGGAUCGCUUGGAGAGGCUCCAGUUUCAGCUCGAAGAAACAAAGAAAGCUCGAGAAGAAGCAUAUGAAAAAUAUGUUGCAUCAAGAGAUCAUUACAAGACAGAAUAUGAAAACAGACUUCGUGAUGAGAUGGAACAAAUCAGAACAAAAACUAAUCAAGAAAUAGAGAGUCUUCGGAGAACUUCCAAGGAGAUGUAUGAACGUGAGAACAGAAAUCUGCGAGAAACAAGAGAUAACUCAAUUGCUGAGAAAGAGAGAGCCAUUCAAGCAGAGAAGGAUGCUCUUGAUAAAUACAGCCAACUUCUGGAACAGUUCAGACAGCUUCAGCUUGGGACAGACAGCAGAGUUGCUGAGUUGCUCAACCAAGUGAAAUUAAAAUCCUUUGAAGUGGAGCGUGCUCAGAUGAUACAGGAGGAAACAGCCAAGAAUCUCAGCCAGUGCCAAAUAGAAUGUGAGAAGCACCAAAAAAAACUUGAGGUCUUGACAAAGGAAUUUUACAGCCUUCAGACAUCAUCAGAGAAACGUAUUACAGAGCUGCAAUCACAGAACUCCGAGUACCAGGCUCGACUGGAAACCUAUGAAAAAUUAGAGAAAGAGCUUGACGAUGUCACCCUGCAAGCUGCAGAAAUGGAUAAUGAAGAUGAAGCAGAGAGAGUCCUUUUUUCAUAUGGCUAUGGUGCAAAUGUUCCUACAACAGCUAAAAGACGACUGAAACAGAGUGUUCACCUAGCCAGGAGAUUACUACAGCUCGAGAAACAGAACACCUUACUGAGGAGAGAUAUGGAGCGACAGACAGCUCGGGCUCAAGAGCUUUCUAAAGAGGUGGAGAGAGCCAAUUCCCUCCUAAAACAGACCCAGCAGCCUUACAGCUACUUGAUAGAGGCUGUUCGUCACAGAGACGACCAGAUACACACGCUGGAAGAACGCAUCUCACAGCUGGAGAAUGAUGCCAGAACCUUAAACAAAGAGAACAGGGCUCUGCAGAACAUCAAGAAUAAUAUGGAGGCAGAUUUAGAAAGACUUCUUAAUCACCGUGAGGAAUUGGCUAUAAUGAAACAAGUUCUGAUUAAUAUGCAUCAAAAACACUAUGGUGAAGGGGCGGCUCAUCCUCAAAAUGAAGAAACCAGAAGAACAGCGAUAUACAGACCAGAAGGUCUCAUUAACACAGAGGAAGAAGAGAAUAUUCUCAAACCAAAACCAACUUUGUUUACAAAUAAAGAGGCUCCUGAAUGGUAUAAAAAGCUGAAGCAUAAAAAUAAGUGACAAUUUUCUGUUGUCAUCAUAAAAUAAAUCAUUGUGGUGGUACUGUUAAAAAAGAAGUUUACCAUUAUUUAUUGCUGCAUAUACAGUAUUUUAUAUGAUAAUUUGCUGGAUUGAUUUAGUAAAAUCAGUGCAUCUUAAUUCUUUGUCAAUCAAAUGUCUUGUGAGAUGCCUUAUGUAAUAAAAAUCAAUAACCAAUGUUGCAAAAAA